GCCACGUUUUGUUGAUCGCCAUUGGUGUUGCCGUGUGUCUCGUCUGUGGCAGCGUCCUGGUGACUGUGAUAACACUGCGACGCUCCACAGCAACAGCAGCAGCAACAAUAGCAACGCGCAGCAUACGCCACAAACAGCAGCAACAACAGCAGCAGCAGCGUCAGCAGCAGCAGUCGCAACGACGACGCGGCGGCACAGGAAGCGGGAGCGGGAGCGGGGUGAGCGGUGGUGCAACUGCAACUGGGGCAACUGGAGCUGCAACUGCAACAGCGACUGGAACUGCCUUUGCUCUGGCCCUGCCACUAACACAGACAACGACAGCACAAGCAGCGGAUCAGGACGAAGCAGCUGGAGCAGCAGUCGUUGCACCAACAACAGCGGCAGCAGGAGGAGGAGAAGUAGGAACAGCCACAACCCCAACAGCAGCAGCAACAACAACAACAGCACUUUUGUCAACCGAGCCGGAACAUUCUGUACCCAUGCUAUCGGUACAGACGGCCGGCUGCGCGGGAAUGGAGCGGCUUGGCGUUCCGACCCGCACAUCAUUGAGCACACCACCCGACGACAGGGAUCAAUUUAGAUGUAGAAUGCGCGUGGAUGCAAUCCAAGCACGCGAGCUUCUGGCCGUACGUAGCGAGACUGUGAUUCGUAGCAACAGCAGCAGCAGUAGCAACAGCAGUAACAAUCAGCAACAACAGCAGCAGCAACAUCACAACAAUAAGCAACAACAUUCCCACCAUCAGCAACAACAACAAACAACAACAACAACGCAUGACAACUCCGCCGCCACCGCCUGCGUAUCAUUCGAGUCUGCCGCUUGGCAGCAAUUACAACAACAACAUCAACAACAGAACACGCAACAUAGUAUUAACAACACAUACAGCGGCAGCAAUGUGUCGGCCCGUGGUGGCAUCGAGGCAACAACGUUAAAGUACGGCAACACGGGCAGCGGGAGCUACAACUAUAACAGCUACAGCAAUAAACCACCGGGCGAUCUGAGCAACUCCUCCUGCACAUCCACGUCGAUGUCGAUGUCAUCGUGCGGCUCGCUGAGCAGCCACAGCAAUGAUCACCAUCAACAUUACCAACAUCAGCUGCAGCAACAGCAGACGCCGCGUUGCCCACAUCAUGUACCACUGCCGGACAGCGAGUACGGACAGGAUCGUCAUCUGCAAAUACGCAGCAGCUAUCAGCAAUCGGAAAUCACACGCUCCUACACGAAGCCGCCGCCCAAUAAAACCGUACGCGAUGUGCCUGCCGAGCAGCUUUGUGCCGCCAACUCCAAUUACCGCCUGAGCACAGCGCCGAAUACAUGCGCCACACUCGCCGCUGGUGUUGCCACCUCCUCCACCUAUGCGCUGGCCAUAACGCACGGUCAGGCGGCCACAACAGCAGCUGCAGCGAUGGCAGCAGCAGCAGCAGCUGGCUCAUCAUCGUCAGCAUCGUCAACGAAAUCCAAACCGAAUGCCAUAACCAAGUUCUUCUCACGCAUCAGUUCACCCAAAUCGCCCACGUCGCUGGCGACAAGCACAGCUGCAGCUGGAGGAGGAGCGCAGCAAGUGGCAACCGUCACAGGCGGCGGCUCAUCACUUGCCUCAUCUGCCUCAAUGUCGUCGUCGGCCUCAUCGUUGGCCUCAUCAGCGGGGAUGCCCGCUUGUGUCUCGGCCUCGUCAUCAGCCUCAUCGCUGGCAGCCGCUCCACUGACCGCGCUGCCCAUCUCCAAUGCAGCCACACUUAAGAGCACAGCCUGCAGCUAUGGUAGCACCACAUCUGCAACAUCAGGAGGAGCAACAGGGACUUCAACAUCGGGUGUAGUGUUGCUGGAAUCGGAGCAAGAUGAGACGCAAUAAUUCCAACUCUAGCAUGAUGAAUGAGCGUUAGCUAAACUUCGCGCUGGCACGAAAAGACUGUUUAUUAGUCAGAAUUUAAUAUGUAAAACGAGGAUGAGACCAAGAUGAUCCAGCAUCAGAUGUGCGAGGAGACACACACACACACAAUUCUGCAGACUGCUGUAAAAAAGCCGCUACUAAAAACUCACAACAUGGAGGAGAGAUCCAUUUCCGACACAUAGAGAGAAUGAGUUUAUAUAUUUUACUCUAUUCCCCCCACCAAGCCAAUCAAUCAAUCAGUCAAACAAUCAAUCAAUCAAGCAAAACAAACACACAAAAAAAGAAAAACCUUAAAACGAAACUUGUUUUCAUUUAAAUGCUGGCUGGAACACAGAAAUUUUUUCUUUAGUUCAAUUAAAUUUAAUUAUUAUAUUACUAUAUUAUUAUUAUUAUAAAUGAAUAUACUUGUAUUUUACACAACAACAACAACAAAACGAAAAUGGAAUUAUUAUCAAGUGAAAAGAAAAACUGUAAAUAUUAUUAACAAAACUUGUGAAGAGUGACAAUGAAUGUAGCGAAAUUUUGAAUUAGAAUUUGAUUUGUAAUUGUAAUUUGAAUUUGAAUUUGAAUUUGAAUUGAUUCCCCCAAAAAAUUAGCCGUAUUAUGUGUUCAAGCAUUUUACAAAAUACCUCCUCCUUCUCCUCUCCCCGCACCCCUUCAGAUUGUGGACGGGGGGAGGCGUGGCAUGUGUGGUUGGUCGUGCAGCAAACGUGCAGGUGUAAAUUUUAUUAUUUAGUUUAGCCGAAAUAGCGCAAAUAAAUUGAUAAUAAAAUUAACGCUAUGCUAUGUAUAUACACAUACAUAAGUUAAUCAUAAUGAUAUAUAAAUAAAUAUAAUUAAUGAAAUAAUAUAUAUAUACUAUAUAUGAAGCAUAUGGAUGUAUGUAUGUAUGUACAUAUAUAUAUUGAUAUGAUUGUACACAGCAAUGUAAAUUCUAAGCACAAAUCUCAAAAUUGCAAUCGAUUGCAGAAAUAUAAAAGACGUUUGAAAAGCAAAAAAAAAAAAAACGAACACAAAAUAACAAUUUUAUUUAUUUAUUAUAAAAA